UUCAAUGUCAUCACGUCAAUAUCCAGAUCGUUCUUUGUUUGUGUACAUUUUUUGGAAAAAUUCUUUAAUCCACCAUUCUGUGAAAAUAACCUAUGCAGCCGUACAACGGACGAACGGCAAUCCUAAAUUGCCAUAACAUAUAAAAUAAGUUACUAAAGUGAUUUAUAAAUGAGACUUUUGGUGUUGCUACUACUGGCUUUGGUGUCAGCGAGGGGUUUUCCGGAGAGGAGGGCGGAAAAAACUCAGGCACUGCAAGCUAGGAAGGAGCCGAAGGUGCGGGAGGUACAGAGGGAUUGCAAGGGGAAGUGCGCGACGAGUAUAGCGCAGAAGGCCGCGGCCGAAGCGAAAGCGGCCCAAGCAGCGCAGAACGCGGCCGGAGCACAAGCCGCGCAUAUGGUAAAGACUCAACUUGCGGAAAAAGCUCUUCAAGCAGCUAAAGCGGCUGAGGCGGCGCUAGCUGGUAAACAAGCUGUCGUAGAACAACUCCAACAAGAGGUGAAAGAAGCAGAGGCUGUGGUAGCAGAGAACACAGCUGCUGUCCACCAACAACAAGGGACUGUUAAUGCGGCUGUGGAAGCGGCACAGCAAGCUACAGCUCAGCACAAGCUAUUGGUACAAGCUACUCAACUAGCAGCACAGUUGGAAAAGUCCGUUCACUGUGUCCUUGAAAAAACGAAAUAUGGUCUUCAGGAGAAAUGCCAUAAUCUGUCAGAAGCGAGAGCUCGAUUAGCUCAAUUACAGCAUAAGCUACAAUGUGCUUGCGCUGAAUGCUCGGCCACUAAGCAAGCAGCGCACUGUGCUUGCGAAGCAGCCAGAGCGGCUUGUGGGAAUGCUCGAAGGAAGAAGCACAUUAUAAAACAUAAUGCAAUAGCGUCGAAACAGGAUAAGCAGGGACGAUGAUGGUCCUUGUCGUAACGGAAGAUGAAGAAAUUUGCUUGCUCUCAGUGUAUGUUCUCCCAUACUUAGACUUUCUUAGUGAGCCUCUCAUUCCCUAUAACUUUCGAAAAUACCCAAAAAAAUCUUUGAUUUAUCAAUUUAUAACAGAUAUAUUCAUAUUUUAUAUAGCAGAAAUCGGUUUUGGAAUGCAACGUACAGUAAUACAGGUUUACUUUGGAGUCGAAUGAUUUAGUUAAUGUUUUAGAUUAUUGUACUUUAGUUUUUUAAAUGUAAUUGUUAAGACUUUCAGUCGUGUAAGCUUUUGAUAAGUUGUUUAAGAAUUGUAAUUGUGAAUAUAGUUGUUGUCGUUUA